AUGGAAUCUGUCUAUGAAUGUAUUCGUUUUCUUGAGGGUCCAGAAAAUGAAGUUUCGGAACAACAAAUCAAAAACUGCAUUGAGUUUUUAUAUGAAUCAGCGACAACGAUAGGUUUAGGUUGCGAAGAUAUAAGGAAAUUGAUAGACUGUUUGUGUAUUACUGAUAUUAUAGGCGCUGAAACAAAAGAGUUUAUUAUUACACGGUGUUUGGUCCCAAACGAGUAUGUUGAUGCGAAAUGUAUCACUCUUAUUAUAAGUAAAUUAGGAACACCAACAUUUCUGCAUCCAUACAAAACUGUUCCCGGAAGAAGGUUGCAAGUUGCCUUGGUUAGGUGGGUAUGUCAUAUUUAUCCUUGGGUGAAAGAUAAAUCUAUUUUCAAGGAUACAUUUUCGAUCUGGUUUGAAUAUUGGCGAUUAGAUUAUCUUCAACAUUGGAUUACUUAUAUUCUGCUUUGGACUUUUGACGACCGACAUAUAAGCAAAUGGAGGUGUAAAGUUUUAUUCAAUAUUGGAAAUAAUCCUGGAUACAAAAACUCUCGUGCGUACUCUGUAUAUAUCCUGGAUGCUUUUUUGGCAUUAGAAACUGAUCUUAAAGAUAUCAUAUCAGACUUCAUACAGAUGCUGAACUCUAACGAAAAAAGUCUUCAAAAAAUUGCAUCCUUUGAUUACGACAGACAAUUUGUACUGAACACAAGACAAGCGUUAUCAGCUAAAAAUUUACUGGAUGAUGAUCAGUUUGAAGAGAUACUGAAAAACUAUGGCGAUCGAAAAGCUUAUAUGAAGCCAGAACAAACGAAUAUUCUAUCACUUGAAAAAUUAGCCCGGAACUGGAACAACUUUGAUGGACCUUACGACUUUACCAGACUUUUAAAGUUCAAAUCAGAUGUAAUGUGGCUGAAAAUUGCUGGGCAUGCUAGUACUGAUCCUCGAAUUAUACAAUUCAGAUCAUACUUACGCGAGCGCCACGACAGUAGGACUUUAUUUCGUGAUGUUCCCUUCCCGUUACUUCAUACUGCCACUGACUUCGAUUUAAGGACUGCCAAACUAAGUGUUGCCUUUAGUGCAAGGUUAUGUAUAGAAGAUGAAGCUGACGGAGUAAUUGAAAUUAUCAUGCAAAUUUGCCACGCAUCAUUUUUUGCAAUAUCAUCGGAUAACUUUAAACAUGCAUUAAAUAUAUACCAUGCUAUUUUGGCUACUGAUAUACUAAGUUCGCUGACCAACAAAAAAACUGAAGUGUCACUCGUGCUUUCAGCUCUAUUGUUGAGAAGUGCAAAUAUUAUUGGAACUCAGAAACACUUUCCUCUGAUACAUGCAUUAGCUGAUCAUUCUAUUGAACAAGUAGUUGCUGUAAACGAUCCUUUGCUAAUAUCAGAACUCUGCUGGUUUUUGGUCAGGGCAAGUGCCGCAAUCCACCCUAAACACUCACCCGAAAUUCUCAUAUCUGACAUUGAUAAAUCUAUUCAUUAUUUGGUAGAAGUUCUCUGGAACCAUAAUGUGACAAGUUCGGGGUCAACAUUACUUCCAAAUUCGUAUUGGGAAUCAUUGCGUCAAAGUCAGUAUUUAUCUCAUACCUCUUUUCCUUCGAAACUUUUGUAUUCUGUACCAAAUUUUGGAUUUAUGUGUUUCAUAUGCCAGAAAUUGUUGUUCGAAAAGGAACGAACUUUAGGCUAUGAGCACUUUCUUGGUGAUUUUUCAGAGCGGACAUUAAAACAAUGGGUCACAAAAUUGGGCUCCAAUCCUCAAUGGUUCCAAGAAAUCAACCAAUUUAGUGACUUAAGAAAGCAUUUUUUGAGAAUGGUACGUUCCGAUUAUCGAUACUCUGGUAUCUCGGAGUUUUUAUUUACAUAUGUGAAGAAUUUACAGGAUAUUCCUUAA